AUGGCUCGCAUUCUCAUAACUGGUUCCGCCGAUGGUUUAGGCCUUGAAGCUGCGCGGCAACUUGUCAAGCGCAAUCAUACCGUCUAUCUUCAUGCGCGCAACGCUCAACGCGCAGCAGAGGCCAAAGCAAAUUGUCCUGGGGCAGCUGGUGCGUUUGCAGCGGAUUUGACACUCGUUUCGGAGACAAAAAGGCUCGCCGAGGAAGUCAACGCCGUCGGAACCUUCGAUGCAAUUAUUCAUAAUGCUGGCAUGAUGGCUGGACCAUUCCGGAAGACUCCCGACACCGGUAUACCAGCUCAGACCGCCGUGAAUGUGCUCGCGCCUUAUAUCCUCACUUGUCUCUUAACACCUCCCAAGAGACUCAUUUAUAUCGCGUCUCAACUACACGCCGAGGCCGAUACGAGAGUCAAGGAUAUUUUCUGGCUCGAGCGAGGCGACUCUCAAUUCCAGGACUUUCCCGCAUACUGCGACUCGAAGCUCCAUGUCAUGUUGCUCGCAAACGCAGUUGCCAGGCGCUUCAAGCACACUUCCGUCAUGUCUGUUCAUCCAGGAUGGGUUGCGACGAAACUUGGAGGCGAGGAUGGUCCUGACAAGCUGGAGGAUGGAGUUGAUACAUAUGUGAUGUUGGCUGAAGGAGAUUACGAUCAAAGCUUGACGGGAAAAUACUUUGAGCCUAAGAGGAAGCUAGCCGAGCCCAUUCCUCAGUGUAGUGAGGUUGAGUUGCAAGAACGGGUUAUUGAUGCUUGUGAGAGAUUGGUGGGAUUGAAACUUCCUGAGAUCUAA